UGUUCUCGUUCUUUCCUAGGUUUCCUAGGCAGAAACUGCUGUGGUUCCUGUGAAGAAAAACUGUCAACAAUAAUGCUAGGGGACAGGUCUCACAUCAGGGUCCUGGAUACAAAGGGCAGCUCUCUGCUUCUGUAGCUGAUGGGUGAGGACAACAGCUUGGUAAAAGGCGCUACCAAGAGCUGGCAGGAUGAGUUACAGCUCACCCUCUGUGCACGACUUGUAUCACACCACCACCGCCGCCACCACGGCCAAGCCAGAGCCAGGGACAGCUCUGGAUGUGACUGUACCAGAAACAGCUACUAUAAACCCUGAGACUACCAGUUUCAAUAGCACCAAAAUCCCAGAUGUGGCCAGCACCGGACCCGGCGUGAGCACAAUGCUGCUAUCCUUUGGGAUCAUUACUGUGAUUGGGUUGGCUGUAGCUGUGGUUCUGUAUAUCAGGAAGAGGAAGAGGUUGGAGAAGCUACGGCACCAGCUCAUGCCCAUGUACAACUUUGAUCCCACCGAGGAACAGGAUGAACUGGAGCAGGAGCUGCUGGAACAUGGGCGAGAUGCAGCAUCUUCCCAGGCAUCGCAGAGCAAGAUUCUGCUGACAAGUCAAGGAGCCCUCCAGAGACCCAGCCGUCUUGUGUUCACAGACGUGGCCAAUGCCAUCAAUGCAUGAACGGUCCCCACCCCUGCUCUGGGAUCGUGCCGAGACUGGGGAGGAUGAAGCCAACAAACCAGUGACAUCCCGCAAGCAUGGCCGACCCGCUGAGCCCAGCUGGUCACCCCCCUUGGUUUGUGUUACAAAUGGGCACGGGCGCUGGGAACUGUUGUCACUUCGGGAAGACAACCCUUUGUGAGGGCAGUGGGGAUGUUUUGGUGCAUCUGUUACCACUAAAAGUUCGUGAGCUCCAGUUUCCGGGCUGGUGCUGACCGAUUCCCAUCUACCAAGCCGUGUGCUUAGGAACAGUGCCUGCUUUAGUGUAGAGUAACCUGUCAGAGCACACGUGGUCAGGGAAGGAGUAGAGAUGCAUGUUUCAGAGAGCUUCCCCGUUGGCUUUGUGCCACCAGACCCUAAGGAGAGCAAUGAAUGAGCCUCUCUGUACAGUGAUGGCAGCUUUGGCAGAUCCUGGAGGGGUGACUGGUGGCAAAGCCCCUCUAAGCAAGGCGAGCGGGCUCCCCGGGCUGGGUGGCAAUCUGGGGCACGCCAGGGAAAACACAUAGCGUGGGCUUAUGCCCCUUGUGGCACGUGGGCUGCUGGUAACCGUGCACCCAGGGAGAUGUUGAAGCAUGGGGAAUUCACUAGCUUUAAAAAGUAAAACGGUGAACAUUUGGCUGAUUACAUCUUAACUGAGGGAGUGGCUGAAAUAUCCCAAAUUAGGACUGCCGUAUAGACAGAGGGGAAUUCACACAGUUACAGGCAGAGAGGGGGGUCAAUGUCUGGCUACGUGACUCUGCCACCAAGCUAGGAAUGAUGGUGUUUGGGCCACAGAGAGGAGUCGAGUAGAACUGGGGUUCCAAAACCAUGUAUUCCCCUCCUGCUUUGGCUCAGGGAAGUUUCCACAGUGAGGAGUGUUAUCCAGAAAAAAGAUUAAACCUUGAAGUAUUCUCCUUUAAAUAAGGAAAACCAUGUUUUGGCUCAACAUUACAACAACCCCAUGACUGAACAGCUGGUUCAUCCAUCCUUACCUGCCAGGAUCUGCAGUCACAGCCUUCUCUUCUUCCUGCUGAAGGAAAGGGAGAGCUUUGUGUUAGCCUCCGCUCGUGUCUCCUGCUAACAACGCAGAAGGUGGGCCAGGCAGGUAAGCCAGCAGUUUCCCUGUAACCCUGAGGCAUCUCUCUCCCUAUGCAUCCUUCAGGGCUGCAGGAGGGAGAGAGUGCGAAGGG